AUGGGCUUCCGCGACUUCAAAAACUUCAAUCUCGCAUUGCUUGCGAUGCAACUAUGGAGACUCAUACACUACCCAAAUUCACUUCUCGCUCGCGUCCUCAAAGGUAGAUACUUCCGCCUCUCAAACCCAAUCGAAAUCAACAAAGCGAGCAAUCCCUCUUACGUAUGGAGAAGCCUCAUGGCUGCUCAACCCGUACACAAAGCAGGCAUACGCAAGUCUAUCGGGUCAGGCCAAAGUACCCUAGUCUGGUCGCAACCAUGGCUUCCAACGACACCGGCGCGGCCAGCCAUACCUUGCGGCUCGUCUUUUAACCCGUCCCUACGGGUUAGCGAGCUGAUUGACCCCAUAACAAACGAAUGGAAUCAUGAUCUCUUGAGGGAAAUGGUAGCCCCCAGCGAUAUUACUCUAAUACGUAGCCUCAAACCGUCCCGCUUCCUCCGUGCUAACAGCUACUGCUGGAACCUAGCCAAGUCUGGUGUUUACUCGGUGAAAUCUGGUUAUACUCUGGCCGUGGAAAAAAUGGAAGCUUCGGAACUGGAGCAAAUACUCGAGCCUAGCACCACCACUCUCAAAGCUCGGACCUGGAAGCUCAAGACUACAAAGAAGAUCAAGCAUUUCAUAUGGCAAGCGCUCUCCAACUGCGUACCAGUCUGUAGCUCGCUCUCAGACCGGCACUGUGGAAAUGAUAGAACCUGCCCGAGAUGUGGCGCGGAAGAAGAAACCUGCAACCAUUUGCUCUUCGAAUGUCCGCCCUCUGUUCAAGCUUGGGCGCUGGCUGAUAUACCACACUCUCCGGGGCUAUUCCCGUGCAAUUCGAUAUACAGCAACCUAAACCAUGUCCUAUGGAACGCGAGGACUUACGGGAUCCCAGAUACUCUUCUUGCCACUGUCCCAUGGAUGAUUUGGUACAUCUGGAAAGCUCGCAAUGAUAAAAUUUUCAAUGGCAAAGACACAACUCCACUGGAAACUGUGCAGAUCGCUAAAGCUGAGGCUGAAAGCUGGCGCAUAGCUCAGAUAAUCGAAGAGCCUUACGAAGACGAGGAUGUGGAAGCUCGCCCAAACUCUCAACCUCCACCCACCGGGCCUUCAUUCUCAAUCGACGCCUCCUGGCACAAAGAUGACGCUUUAUUUGGUGGAGGAAUGGUCCUGAUGACCGAGGAUGGGACUACGACUUAUGGUUCAUUCGCUAGUAAACAUGUCUUAACCCCCCUACAUGCGGAGUUCCAAACUCUGUGUGGGCCAUGA